GUUUGGCCCCGCCCCUUGACCUGAGCCGCGGGCGGAGAGAGGCUGAGGCGUGGCCCUUCGAGCCAGCUCCGCCCCGUUGUUCCUGCUUGAGUAGGGCAGAGAGCACCGCCCAGCAGCCAGUGGGUUCCCGCGCGUGCCGAGACUCUGAGGCCUUGCACCCCCACGAUCCCGUAGGAUGGCCGUCAAGAAGAUCGCGAUCUUCGGCGCCACUGGCCAGACCGGGCUCACCACCCUGGCGCAGGCGGUGCAAGCAGGUUACGAAGUGACAGUGCUGGUGCGGGACUCCUCCAGGCUGCCAUCAGAGGGGCCCCAGCCGGCCCACGUGGUAGUGGGGGAUGUUCUGCAGGCAGCCGAUGUGGACAAGACCGUGGCUGGGCAGGACGCUGUCAUCGUGCUGCUGGGCACCCGCAAUGACCUCAGUCCCACGACAGUGAUGUCCGAGGGCGCCCGGAACAUUGUGGCAGCCAUGAAGGCUCAUGGUGUGGACAAGGUCGUGGCCUGCACCUCGGCUUUCCUGCUCUGGGACCCUACCAAGGUGCCCCCACGACUGCAGGCUGUGACUGAUGACCACAUCCGGAUGCACAAGGUGCUGCAGGAAUCAGGCCUGAAGUACGUGGCUGUGAUGCCGCCACACAUAGGAGACCAGCCGCUAACUGGGGCGUACACAGUGACCCUGGAUGGACGAGGGCCCUCAAGGGUCAUCUCCAAACAUGACCUGGGCCAUUUCAUGCUGCGCUGCCUCACCACCGAUGAGUACGACGGACACAGCACCUACCCCUCCCACCAGUACCAGUAGCACUCUGUCCCCAUCUGGGAGGGUGGCAUUCUGGGACAUGAGGAGCAAAGGAAGGGGGCAAUAAAUGUUGAGCCGAGAGCUUCAAAUUACUCUAGAGAAA